GGCAGUAGGGCUAUCAAACGCAUCCCAGAUUCCUAGAAGAGCAGAAACAGCAGCCCGGCACGCAACUUCGUCGACACCAUGUACGCUAAGGUUCUCUUGGUCACUCUGAUUGCUGUCGCAGCGGCUCAGGUUCCAGAGGAUCCACCUCAGCCUUAUAGUUUCAGCUUCGACAGCACCGACGAGUUUGGAACCCGCCUGCUUCAGUCCGAAAGUGGCGACGAAGGUAACAGGAAGACAGGAAGCUACGGCUACCAGAGCGCUGACGGAACCUACCGUCAUGUCAACUACGUGGCUGAUGAGAACGGCUUCCGUGCAACAGUCGACACCAACGAGCCAGGCACCAAGGCGGAGAGCCCAGCCGACGUGCAACUGAACGCCAACCCACAGCCAAACCCUGUCGGAGCACCAGUCGCUGCCCCAGUUGUUUCCCACCAGGUCGCCCAGGCCGUCCACGUUGUUGCUGCUCAGCCAGUAGCCCAUGCUAUCCAUGCAGUGCCAGUUAGCUUCGCUCAAGCCCCAGUCGCUUACAGAUUCGGACGGGCUUCUAGUCGUUAGUAGUUAGCCAAAGCAACCUCUCCUGUCUUGUGAAUGUCCCGCUACAGUUACUAGUCCUUCGUCACUCUUCUUUGGUGUACACAGCAUUACACGAACUCUGUACUCUGUUCUACCUUACUGCGGGCUGCCAGUUUGGGCUGCUGUUUUCUUCAAUGUGUGUCACUCAUCGUUGUGCAGGAAAUAAAUGUCAUUUGUGUUGAA